UGUGAUAGCUGUCAUUGACCAUUUUAUGACGAUAAUUUGUUGCGUUGCUCGUUGCCUUGUUGGUUGCUCCACAGUUUCCUAAAAUUGUGUAACGUUAUAAAAUUUUCGUUACCGCUAUCAUGACUGAGGUUCAAGAUAUCGGUAAGCCGUCGUUGUGGGAAUAUUUUAAGAAGGUUGGCGACGAAGAUGACCGGUUGGCGGCUUGCUUUUUCUGUGAGAAAGUCUACUGUUAUAAAACAACAAUCUUCAACCUCAAGCACCAUUUGCUCAAGAAGCAUAGUGAUCAAAUGGAUGUUAACCCUGAGUGUUUGCUAAACAUUAAACAGCGACAAUCUACAGAGAAAAUAACAAUGCCAAAAAUAACAAAACCACAGAUCUGGCAAUAUUUUGAGGUUAUAUCUAGGCAAGACAAAAUUGCCGUAUGCAAUAUUUGUAACAAAAAGUUAUCGUAUCGUACCAAUCAUUGUAACUUAAAAAGCCAUUUGCGAACUAUGCACAAGGAUGAAUUUGAAAGGCUGACAAUUAUAGCGAUGUCCGAAGCACUAAAUAGUUAUGAUGAUGAUGAAGUUGAUGACAAUGAUGAUGAGGGCGAGUCAGUUGAUGCAGACCAUGAGCUUCACACUACGGAUGGUAAUGACGUAGACCCUCAGUCGCCGAACGCGCUGACGCCGGCGGAGGUGUGGAAGCUGUUCGAGAGGGAGACCGGCGGGCGCGCGCGCUGCGGCAUCUGUCGCGCGUCCGUGCCGUCCACCGACCACGCGCUGCUGGGGCAUCUGCGCGCGAGGCACACCAAGAUCACGCUUAAGGAUGUUCAGGAAUCUGACAAUGAAUUUGAAACGGAAAACAUGGCGUCCGUUACUGACGAUGACCAGUACACAGAAAUUGUGUACUUAGACGAAUUAUCUGACGGCACUGUUAAAAAUAUCACAAAGAAGUUUAAUUCCACACCAAAAAAAUACGCCAAGAAAAAGAGUCAACGCUUCAGUCCAGAAAAAGAGAUUCAAACAGUGAAACGGAGGAAGGGGAAUAAAUCACCAGAAAGAAAUGAGGAUAACAAAGAAAUUUUCCUUAAAUAUUUAUUCACCCUACUAAAAGAUGUGCCGAAAGAAAGGUUUAUGAAACUACAACUGGAUAUGAUUAACCUGGUAAUGGCGGCGCGCAAUGACAAUAAUACAAGUAAUAGCGAGGCAGCGACAGUUAAAAUCAGACAAGAUGGUGCUAGUUCGUCAGUAACUGCUGACCAGGUUACAGAAGAUUUCAGUGAAAUCGGUUCAGUGGCGGAUAAUGAUAACGAAGACGUGAACGUUAUGACGUUAACCAAUCAGGCAAUGUAACUAACAUGACCGACUAAAAACUACGAAAAUUACAAAGUUUACAAAUAUUUUACAAAGGGUUGAAUGGAAUAUUCCAUGUUUUUGAGAAAACUUCACGAGGAAUUAGGUAUGUGUGCCUGUGUGUAGGUAUUAAAUAUUUGAUAUUAAAAAUGAUUAAGUAUACAGCUCAUUCGACUUUCCCUUAACAAAAUUAAAUAUUAGGUAGUAGAUAAGUAGGUACUAGGUAGACUUUGAAAUUCCCCACUACCAUAAUUAUUAUUAUGUAAGUAUAUUUUUUUCAGUCCACCAAUUAUACCAUUUAAUUACGGUGUCUCAUUUUAUAAAUUGCCCCAUUUUUGUAAUAAAUAAUAAUUUGCUUGCGUUUUUUGCGAAGAAACGAAAAGUGAACAAAAGUCUUAUCAAAUUAUAAUAUGAAUAUACCUACUGUUUGCUCAAGCUGCCAUGUUACAAUGACCUCUUUUAUCAAUAAAUACGUUGUAUGACGUUA